ACACGUCAAGUCAAAAUAAAUUUUACUACCUAAAUAUUAUUUUGAAACUUGUUAUUUUCAAUUCAAAACAAUAGAAUAUUAGAUACAAAGUUAAAUUCCCAUUAGUCUUCUCCCAAGCUUUAUUUAUUAUUUUUUUUUAAAAGAAAUGGAUUCAAAAUCAACAACAGUGCUUACAAAUCUUCAAAGAGGUAACAUAGAAGCUAAAAUUUCAGCGGCCAAAGCAUUAAAUUUUUAUGAAAAGUGUGGACAAGGUGAAGUGACAGAUGAUGAAAUACGCUAUCAUAAAAACAUUGAUGAACCUGAUGCAGAAAAUGGAUUCACUGCUUUGCAAUGGGCUUGCUAUUACGGCCAACAAAAGAUACUUGAAAGACUUGUUGAUUUAGGAGCUAAUGUUAAUUUUCUGGCUAAAAACUAUAUUUCCGCUCUUCACUUAGCUGCAGCUUAUGGUCAUCAUGAAAUAGUUAAAUAUCUUAUUGCUAAAGGUGCAAUUGUCAAUCAGUUAGACAUUUGUGGUAAUACUCCAUUACAUUUUGCUGCUGCUAAUAAUUUUCCCCAUUCAACAAAUGAAAUUUUAAACUCACAAUUUGCUGAUAUUAUGAUAGAAAAUGAGGAUGGGAAAACAGCUUACCACUUGUCAAUAGAAAAGAAAGCACAACUUUCUCAAGCAGUGAUUGAGAAUUUUUUUAUGAAUGUUAUAAGUUAAAACAUUGUCACAUUCUUUAAUUCUAAUGUAAGAACUUUUAAAACAUUUUCAUCAGUAAAUAAAAUGUAUUCGUUUAUAAAUUGCGUUAGUUUGAAUGAUUUCUUCU